UUAUUCUUGCUUCGUAUCACAACGUCUUAGCAACAUGAAGGCUUUGUGUUAGUGUCUGGUUAGAAAGAUUGAACUGGAUUAUUGCGUUGUUUCAUUCUUGUGCACGUCACCUUCCUUUGUUAGCACUAAUAGCAUGCUAUGCUAAUGCUACAUAAACAGAAAUGAACGUGAAACGUGACGUUAUGAAAAAAUAACCGGUGACAAACCGAUCAGGAUCAACUUAGUCAUUCAUGUAAUUUCCCGUUCAUAUCUUCACUUUUGGUUUUUAGUAACAAACAUGCAGCAUCUUCUACUCACUCCUUCAUAGCAUGAAUAAAACAAUAUGACUGAUCUGUGAGUGUAAAUUUACAUGUAACACAUGUUUUAUAGCAUGUGUGUGCUUUUAUGUCCACUAGAGUCCUUAUUAGUGUCAAGAUGCUGCAUGUGAGAACAUAAAUGUCUGCAGCUUUCUCCACUUCUACUUAUUUAAAUGUGUACGGCAGAAGAAGGAAGCACAGUAACACCCGUGAGAUGCUCUGAUGAAACCGACAGCAAACACAUUAAGAUGUUGAGGAGUUGGUGCUGAUUUAAAAAGCAGCUCCUGAACAACUGAGGUCUGGUGUUAACCAGAAGGAUCUGGAGCCCCUCAACACGACUGAAGAAAUGUGGGAGCAGCUUAAUGAGAUGAAGACUGAUGCCACCAGGACUUCAUUCUCUGCAGUUUCUUGCCAGUUUGAAGAAGAAAAAGUUCAAUUGCCACAGUUUGAUCAGCACCAACCUAAAGACAGAGAUCCUUCAACCAGAAGCACCACUGACCAGAUGAAAGCAGCAAGUGGUGGAGAGGACUGUGGAGGAGCAGAAAGUACCAGGAGUCCAGAUCUAAAUCCUUAUGAAGAUGAUUCCCACUCUUCAGAGACUGAAGUCAGUGAGGAUGAAGAUGACCAGGAUGGGAACAAUUCUUACUGUCAACUGAAACUCUUCUCAGACUCUGAGCCUAAAACUGAAGACAGUAACAAAGACCAGAAUGAGAGCAGGUCUUCUAAAUCAGAUGUUAAGGCCGUCAAAUCUUUUCACUGCCCUGAAUGUGGUAAAGAAUUUCUCCAUGAGCGGUCUCUCCAGAAACACCUGAGAGCCCACACAGGAGAGAAGCCUUUUGCUUGUGAGCUCUGUGGGAAUAAAUUUAGUGAAAAGGGACAUUUAAACACACACAUGAGAGUCCACACUGGAGAGAAACCCUUUCCUUGUGAGCUUUGUGAAAAAAGAUUUAGUGAAAAGGGACAUUUAAACACACACAUGAGAGUCCACACAGGAGAGAAGCCCUUUUCUUGUGAGCUCUGUGGGAAUAGAUUUAGUGAAAAGGGAAGUUUAAACAUACACAUGAGAGUCCACACAGGAGAGAGGCCUUUUACUUGUGAGCUCUGUGGGAAUCGAUUUAGUGAAAAGGGAAGUUUAAACAAACACAUGAUAGUCCACACUGGAUGGAAGCCCUUUUCUUGUGAGUUUUGUGAAAAAAGAUUUAGUGAAAAGAGUAAUUUAAACAGACACACGAGAGCCCACACAGGAGAUAAGCCUUUUGCUUGUGAGCUCUGUGGACAAAGAUUUAGCCUAAAGAAUAAUUUAAACAGACACAUGAAAGUUCAUACAGGAGACAAGCCUUUUGCUUGUGAGCUCUGUGGACAAAGAUUUAACCAAAAGGAAAGUUUAAACAAACACAUGAGAGUCCACACAGGAGAGAAACCUUUUGCUUGUGAGCUCUGUGGACAAAGAUUUAGCCAAAAGAGUAAUUUAAACAGCCACUCGAAAGUCCACACAGGGAACUAGGGAUGGGUCCCAAAAACUGGGAAAUAUGACAUUUGUAAGAGGAUACUGAUGACAUUAUUUCCUAUGAAAGUGUUUCCUAUGUACUUAUCUGUUGUUUUUUUAUUUAUCUACUUUAAAGAGGAUUAAGACUUUCCUGAGGAACACCAUGACACAGGAUGAGCUGAAUGCUCUUGCCAUGCUCUCCAUGGAAAAAAAGCUUGUCACAAACAUUCCUGACUUGAAUAAAAAGGUCAUUGAGAGCUUUGCCACUCAUAAGGACAGAAGGGCAAAAUUUCUGUACAAAAGAGGCAUCACACACACACAAAUGCAUCCACUUGAUCUUUGUAUAAAGUUGACCAUAGCACAACACUCCAGAAAUAUUUAACAGUGUAAAUUUCUGGCAUUUUGUCUAAGUAGUGUUUACUACCAUUACUGUAACAGUGACCUGCUCAUAAUUGUUUGUGUUCACUCAAAUGUUGAAAUUAAACAAAAUGUUGUUA